UUUCAGAUUAGAAUUGUACUCGUCGCAGUCAAGUACAUUGUGCGCGCUAACUAGAGGAAUAUAAAUUUUACAAAAAAUUAUAAUACAGAUUAUUUAUUUUAAUUAUUAACAAAUACCAAAAAUGAGCGAGCAAUGUAUUUAAAUUUGAACAAUGGCUUGAAAAUGCCAAUUCUCGGUUAUGGCACUUGGAUGGCUUUGACGCUACAAAAUUUUGGCUCUGAAGAUCAUACAGAUCAUAUUCCUUGGAACUCAGGUGAGGCUACUGAGCAAGAGAUAACCGUUGCUAUGAAUGAGGCGCUCAAGGUGGGCUACCGCCAUAUUGAUACGGCACCGGUGUAUUUAAAUGAAAAUGCCAUUGGAAAUGUAUUAAGCAAGUGGUUUUCUUCGGGCAAAAUCAAGCGAUCGGAUCUAUUCAUCACUACCAAGUUGUUACCACCAGGUGCCGAUAGACCCGAUCUAGUUGAGUUGAGAUUGCGAAAAUCACUAGCGGAUCUUCAAUUGGAUUAUGUUGAUUUAUAUUUGAUACACAUACCUUUCUCUGUGUUCGUAGAUGAGAAAGGCGAAUAUAAGCGUUAUGAAGAUGGAACAAUAAUUGUUGAUCCCAGCACUGAUCAUGUAGCCCUUUGGAAGGAAAUGGAGGGACUGGUCGCUAAGGGUUUGACCAAAUCGAUUGGUAUUUCCAAUUUUACAGUGAAGCAAAUCGAAAGAAUCCGUCAGAACUGCACUACUCAGCCAGCAGUCUUGCAGAUCGAGUACCAUAUAUAUUUACAACAACCACUACUGAUCGAUUAUUGCAAAUCUGCAAAUAUCGCCGUGACCGCCUACUCUCCGCUCGGCUCCAAAGGAGUAGGUUCCCUAAAUAAGUUGGCCGGUAUCGAACGUGAACUACCUGAUUUACUUGAAGUGCCCGAAGUGAAGGAAAUCGCGCAGAAUCAUAACAAAACUGAGGCACAAAUAUUGCUACGUUGGAUUGUGCAAAAAGACAUCUCGGUUAUACCAAAGAGUACCAAUACGAAACGCAUGCGCGAGAAUAAGGAUAUCUUCGAUUUCAAAUUGAGUGCGGCGGAAAUCGAACAGCUUAACAAUUUGGAUGCCAAUUUGCGUAUUGUGAAUUUCUCACUUUUCAAAGGCACUGAGAAACACCCAGAGUUCCCUUUCUAAACGUUUAUGUUACGAAUGAGAAAUACAAUAACCGAUUUACUUAUUUAAUAUGUUUGGUGGAAUAUGGAAAGAAUUUUUAUUAAAUAUUAAAUUGUCGAAAUUAUAUAAAAUAUGUUAUUUUUUUAUAUUCUCUAGUUUUUAUCAUUGUAUUUAUAUGUUAUUAUUAUAAAUUCUCAAAUUUCUUGA